GGAGCUAUUCAUUAGAAACUAAACGGGUUUGUGAUUUAAAUUACUUAUCGAUUACUAACGCAUUAGUUACUCGGAUCCGCACACGAUCAUAUUGAAAAGUGAUCGAAAUCACUAGUUUAUACUGUUUGGUUGUCGAAGGAGGACCUGUAUCGUCAUUUUUUAACACCAUGGAUGAUUCCAGUGAUGAAGAAAUGAUGAUUGCAUACUACUAUUACCAUACCAAAAGAAAUAGAAAACAAAGAAGAUUUUGGGUUCAUCCAUACAUUGAAAGAAAUUUUCAUCAUCGACUAUUUGUUGCCGCGCGAGAAUUGAAUCUUUCUGAUGCUAAAUUUGUAUGCUUUUAUCGCAUGUCUAAAGAUAGUUACUUACAAUUAGUACAACUGAUUUCUCCUGCCAUCUACAAAAAAAAUACGAAUAUGAGAGAGUGUGUCAAUGCUGAGGAGCGGAUAUUAAUUACUCUCAGAUACUUAGGUACUGGUGGAACAUUUUCAUCACUUGCAGUUUAUUUCGCUAGAGGGGAGUCCACAGUUGGUGGGAUUGUGUCGGACACAUCAAAAGUGAUUUGGGAAGUGUUGAAGGACAAAUACAUGCAGGUACCGAAUAGAGAGCAGUGGACAGCAAUAGCACAACGUUUUGAGACUCUCUGGAAUCUUCCAAACUGCAUAGGAGCAAUCGAUGGCAAACACGUCAGAAUUGAGAAGUUUGCGAAUAGUGGUUCUUCCAAUUUUAACUACAAAUCAUAUCAUUCGACAGUGUUAUUGGCUUGCUGUGAUGCUGACGGUUUAUUCACAAUGAUUGAAACGGGUUAUGCCGGAAGAAAUAGCGAUGGAGGUAUAUUCAGGGCAUCAGCAAUGAAAUAUUGGAUACAUCGUGGUGAACUUGAUAUUCCUACCCCCUCACUAUUGACUUAUGAUGAAAACUACAGCUCAUUUCCAUAUUACUUUGUUGCCGAUGAAGCAUUUCCGUUGUCAAGAUAUCUAAUGAGACCUUACCCUCAAAGAGUUUUGGAUAAUGUAAAAAGAAUAUAUAACUACAGAAUUAGCAGAGCAAGGAAAACCAUUGAAUGUACUUUUGGAAUGGUAUGUGAAAAGUUUGCUGUUUUAAAUGGUCCUAUUCGCAUUAGAGAGUCCGAAAAUGUGAACUUCGUCAUCAAAGCCGCAUGCGUCCUCCAUAACUAUGUACGAAAACUAGAGGGACUUCCGUACGUAUCUACCUAUCCCCAGGACUGUGAACCCAAGGACCAAAUCGAUGUAAGAACUACUGCACAAAAUAUGACAAUAAACGAAACCUCUUCUCCAGCAGCACUUAGAAAUUAUUUAGCAAAUUAUUUUCUUACCCCACGAGGAUCUGUGCCUUGGCAAUGGAAAUAUGCUAUUAACUAACUAACUUAUAAUUAAUUUUGUUCAUUUACUAAUUACAUAAUUUUCAUGUUAAACACAAAUUAAAUGUUUUACGUAUUUUUAGCAAUAACAGAACUUAUUUUUCUUUAAAUUAGUAUGGUAAUUGAUAGCAAUAAUCUUCGUAAAAGAAAAUAAAAUAAUAAAAUAAAUGAAAUAUUAUUAUUAUUAUUUUAAAUCAAUUGUAGCUAUAAUAUUUAAUAUAUCAAUAUUGGCACCGAUUCACGGUGUUCAGUCAUGUGAAAAUAGAAAAAAUAAAAGAAAAAAUAGAAAAUAGACAAAAUUCAGUACCAAUGUAUGAGAGAACCAUAAAUUAUAUUAUUAUGUUGUGGCAUUUGUGGGUUUCACUAAUUUAAUCGAUUAAAUUCUAUAUUUAAAAUUAAUAUUAUGAAUAAUCAAUAUUUUUGUUACUAAUGUUUAUAAAUAAUAUAAUAAUAUAAUAUAAUUUAUAUUACCUACUUUAAAAUAAUAUAAUAUAACACAUUAUGUAGACAAGUAUUACAUAAUAUUAUCUGUUUCACUUAUUUAUAACCAAUAAAUUGAAAAAAAAUAAUUAAUAAUAUAAUAGAUUUAUUAUACCUGUCAUAUUUACAGUUUUUCCAACUUCGUUCCAUGCUAUUUCCGUCUCAUCCUUCCUAGAAUAGCCAGGAAGAGUGUAGUUGUACAAAAUCGGAUGUUUCUCCACUUCUUCUAC